AUGUGCAUGGCAGACUUUGCUGCUACUUGCAGGAUUGUCUAUGGCCAACAGACAAAAGACCACGAACUGAAAACACCAUCUUUGCCAACCUAUCAGGCUUUCUAUGGUGCUGGCUGUGUACAGCUACCAGGUACUGACCGUCUUGAGUACGUGCAACACAUUGUCAAAAGAAACAGAGAGAAAUAUGAGAAAAACAGUGAGGAGAUCGAGAGCGCUGUUGAGGAAUAUGAACAGAACAGAGCUCCGAGAAGCUUAAAACCUCCCAUUCAGGGACUUGGCAAUCAGCUGGAUGAAGUCAGAUCAGAACUUUUGAAUGCUGAAAUAAUCGUCAUUGACGAAGUGUCUAUGGUGUCAAGACAUCUCUUUGCAUAUGUAGAUGCAAGACUCAAACAGAUCAAAGGGACUCGGAGACCCUUUGGAGGCAUGUCAGUCAUUGCUGUUGGAGACUUCUAUCAGCUACCCCCAGUGCGACAGUCUAAACCGCUCUGUGUGCACGACCCGUCCGAGAUCGACCUGUGGCGGGAGCAUUUUCAGAUGAUCACUCUGACUGAGAUUAUGCGUCAGAAAGAUGAUGUUGUCUUUGCUGAGAUGCUGAACAGAAUCCGUGUGAAAGGAAAGUUGGAUGAGCUUUGCGAAGCAGAUAGAGAUUUGUUGUCACAGGCCAUAACUGAACCAGCCCUUUGUCCGACUGAUGCGUUGCACAUUUUUGCAACUAAUAAAGAAGUGGAUGCACACAACUCUGCAACACUGGCUCUGCUCCAUACUCAUAUCAUUGACAUCCAUGCAGAUGAUUAUAGAAAGGAUCCUAGAACUGGCAGAAUGGCACUUCAAGACAGACCAUUCAAAGGAGGUAAAAACGAGUUACCAGACACACUGAAAGUUGCAGAAGGAGCUCGUGUCAUGCUCACCAGAAACAUUGACAUACAAAAUGGUUUGGUUAAUGGAGCUUUUGGAAAACUACUUAGAGUAGUUUACUCUGAAAAUGACCAACACAUCAUCAAGCUUGGACUUAAAAUGGAUAAUGAGACAUCUGGAAAGAAUAACUGCACACCAGCAGACGACAUGGUGUACAUUGAGAGAGCAGAGGAGAAUCUAAAGCAGAAAGGAGUGGUACGAAGACAGUUCCCAGUAAAGCUGGCCUUUGCAUGUACAAUACAUAAGGUACAGGGUAUGACAACCACAUCAGCUGUUGUCUCUCUUAAGAGCAUUUUUGAGCCCGGCAUGGCCUACGUAGCUGUCAGUAGAGUGACGUCUCUCAGUGGACUGUAUCUUCUUGAUAUGGAGGAGAAAAAAAUAUUCACCAACCCAGAAAUCACUGCAGCGCUUGAGAACAUGAGACAAGCCAACCUUGAUGACAUGAUGCCUCUUCUACACGUGAGAAAAACACUGAGCAGGUCAGAGGUUUUCACCAUUGUUCAUCAUAAUACAGAGGGACUGCCAGCUCACAUUAAUGACAUCAAGAGUCACCAUGAAUUCUGUCUAGCAGAUGUUUUGUGCCUAACAGAAACACACCUGCGGGGCUCUUUUGUCGCAGAGAGUCUCCACUUGGAAAAUUACAAUUUGUUCAAACGCAACAGACACCUGUCCUACACAAACUUUCCCCAGAUGGCAAACAGAAGUGGUGGUGGAGUUGCUGUUUAUGUGAAAAGUGACAUUAAAGUGCAUGAAAAACAGUACAUCCAUAAUGUAACUGACCUUGAAUUUCUGGCUUUAAAGGUUGAAGCACCAGUCAGUGCACUGAUUGCAGUUGUAUACAGACCUCCAGACUACACUCUGAGGCCAUUCCUGAAAAACCUGAGCUGAGACACUCAAGACUGAACAGACUGCACAGUUUCUGUGACUGAGCCUCCAAAACACCUUCUUUGAAACCACACAUGAUAGAAGGGCUUUAUAUUUGCAGCAGCACUACUAAAGGUAUUCAGUUUAUUACAGGAUGUGUUUGUUUCUUAGGACCAGCUCUAAGUGCACACUACCUAACAUAUACACCUUUCUGUUCAUUACAAACCAACUACUCUGGAUCAUAUGGCCAGUCGGCAGGAAUGUUUCUGCAGGAAAACAUCACUGGAGAUCACCAUCAUUGUCAGACUGACUGUGCCUCCUCUGUGCAGUGUCAAGAUCCUCCUUAAAUGAGUGUUCCUCAGCUAUCCUGCUUCUGUGCUGCUUGCCACACAUCAAACACUGGCCGGAUGACAGGGAGGAUCCACUCUGAAGUCACUGGACAUGAUGAGGAUCAUAUGGGACUUUAUAGUUUCACAGAAAUGUUGUGCUCUUUGAUUACAGGUUUUAAAUGGACAUAAUGACUGCCUCUCUCUGAUCAACAGGCUAAAGGAUUGUUUUCAUUGUUAGAGCUCUGUACAAUGUAUGCUUAUUUAAUAUUUCAUCACAGAGCAAACCUUUAUUUAUUUAACAUAUUUUUAUUUUGUUUUAAUGUUGAAUUAACUGUGGGGAUUUUUUUAACUGGGCACUCGGGAUGUCAUAUGACCAGAAAUGUGGUAACUGGAAUUCAACAGUAUG